CCACUACUAAUCCAUCAGAACUGGCGCACAAGGUACAACUUAUGUGGCAUGGUUGUCUUAAGGGGCCAGAAGCCUUUAGAAGGAGCGCCACUGAAGAGAUGCUGAAGGGGCAGUAAUGAACCAGCAAUGCGCAGCUGAAGUUAGGGAAGAAUUCCAGGUGCUGGGACGCCCUCCUGAAGCCUUCAAUGUGGUUGUUUGCCAGUGAAGAGCGUGGGUGCCCCCAUCUGAUACCCCUGUCCUCCCAAGCCCCAGACUUGGUUAAUGGGAGAAGUGUUGGGUCAGCCUCAGCCUGGCACCAGACGCCAUCCCUAGAGCAAAGGUGAAGUCCAACCUUCUACCAGAUGGCUGGAGCCGGCAAGCAGAGAUAAGGGUCACACUUUGGACUCCACAGCCAGAGGUGGGGGCAGAGCCCCCGGGAUCCGUGAACCCCGACACCCCUUCUGCUGCGGGUCCUGCUCCCCUGCAUGGUUAAAGGAGGAAGACGGGGCCGAGACCAGGGCAGUGGAGGGCUAGUCAGUCACUCACAGCACGCGCAAAGCGAGGCCCUGCCGCCCCAGUGAGCGGGUCCUCUAUCAGGUUUAGGGGGAGGGGAUGGCGCCCCGCGCGCGAGGCUCCCAGCCCCACCGAGGAGUUCCCAUCGGCUGGGGAAGACCUAACAGAGCCUGCUCCCCCUCGGCUCGUCUGUAAGGCCAGCGGCCGGAUAGCUGUCUGUGGCCUGGAGGGUCCAGCCUCAGCGGGUCUCUUUCUCCUGAACAUUGGAGUUAUGACCCUUGGGAGGUGACCCAGGAGAGAAGGGAUGCACGCCUUUGAUCCUCCCAAUGAGGGUCGCCUCCAAGGACUGGUGGCCUCCCGCAUUGAGACCUAUGGGGGCCGGCUUCGGACCUCCACCCUGAGUACUCCUGGUAGCCUCUAUCCCCGAGGAGGCCCCGUGCUGGAUCCCAGUGGCCGACACCUCCAAGGCUAUGUCCGCUUUACCAAGGGUUCUGGCCCGGCCCGAGGCCUGUCUCCCCUGAGGCUGCGAGAACCAGAGCCUGAGAAGAGGCAUGGAGGCCCCUUUGGGGUUGGGACACCUCACUUCCCCAAACUCAAGGAAGUCACCAGAGCCCACGAGCUGGAGGUGAGGCUGCACACGUUCAGCAUGUUUGGGAUGCCCCGCCUGCCCCCAGAGGACCGGCGGCACUGGGAGAUCGGAGACGACGGUGACAGCAGCCUGGCCAUUGAGAAGUCCUGGAAGGAGCUGGUGCCUGGACACAAGGAGAUGAGCCGGGAGCUCUGCCACCAGCAGGAAGCGCUGUGGGAGCUACUGACCACCGAGCUCAUCUACGUGCGGAAGCUCAAGAUCAUGACGGAUCUCCUAGCCGCCGGUUUGCUGAACUUGCAACGAGUGGGGCUGCUGACAGAAGUGUCAGCUGAGACCCUGUUUGGAAAUGUCCCUAGCCUGAUCCGAGCCCACCAGAGCUUUUGGGAAGAGGUGCUGGGGCCCACCCUGGAGGAGACACGAGCCUCGGGCCAGCCUCUGGACCCUGUCAGCCUGCAAAACGGCUUCCUGUCGUUCAGCCAGCGCUUCCAGCCCUACGUCCUGUACUGCCUGCGAGUGAAGCAGACCAUGGCCUAUGCCUGGAAGCAGCAGGACAACAACCCUCUCUUCCACACCUUCGUGCAGUGGUGUGAGAAGCACAAACGCUCGGGGAGGCAGACGCUGGGGGACCUCCUCAUCAAGCCCCACCAGCGCAUCACCAAGUACCCACUGCUGCUCCAGGCUGUGCUCAAGAGGAGCCCCGAGGCCCGCGCCCGGGAGGCCCUGACCGCCAUGAUCGCGGCGGUGGAGUCAUUCCUCCGACACAUCAACAAGCAGGUGCGCCAGGGUGAAGAGCAGGAGAGCUUGGCGGCUGCAGCCCAGCGCAUCGGGCCCUACGAGGUCCUGGAGCCGUCCAGCGAGGAGGUGGAGAAGAACCUGCGUCCAUUCUCCACGCUGGACCUGAUGGCCCCCGUGCUGGGCGUUGCUUCUGGGCACAUCAGGCAGCUGCUGCUGGAGGGGCCUGCGCGCAUGAAGGAGGGGCGAGAAGGGAAGCUGGAUGUGUACCUGUUCCUCUUCUCUGAUGUGCUCUUGGUGACAAAGCCCCUUCGCAGGGCAGACAAAGCCAAGGUUAUCCGCCCGCCCCUCAUGCUGGAGAAGCUUGUGUGCCGACCGCUCCGAGAUCCGAGCAGCUUCCUGCUUAUCCACCUCACCGAAUUCCAGUGUGUCUCCAGCGCCCUCACUGUGCACUGUCCCAGCGCUACAGACCGUGCCCUGUGGCUGGAGAGGACCCAGCAGGCCCAGGUCACCCUGCAAAAGCUGAAGGCAGAGGAGCACAUCCAACAGAAGAGGGAGCUCCUGGCCCUCUAUCAGGACCGGGACGGGGAGUCCCCAGGCCCCAGGCCCUCCAUGCCUUCGGUGGAAGGCUCUGAGAGCAGCACAGAGGGAAGUAACUGUAGGACUCCUGAGUCCUCGACCGUCAUCCCCCAGCUGGUGGUGACAGAAGACACAGAUGAAGGUGCUCCCUUGGUACCAGAUGAUACCUCGGACUCUGGCUAUGGCACUCUGAUCCCAGGCUCCCCCAAGGCGUCCCACUUUCUGCCAAGCCGUCUACGCUCCAAGGUCCUUCGGCAGGACCCUCGCCGCACCUUCUCCACCCUGGACCUCCGAGAUGUUCCUUUGCAUCUCCAGCCUCCUGACCCCCAAGCUCCCCAACGCCGAAGCACCCCUGAACUGCCAGAGGCAAGUGUCCAGAAAGGAGGCAGCCUUCCCAGGGGAGACCCACCGACCUGGUCUGAGGAAGAAGGCGGGACCUCGGUUGGAGAGAAUGUGGUAGUGGAAACCUUACAUAGGGCCCGACUUCGGGGGCAGCUCUCCCCCUCCCUGACCCACACUGACUCUUCUGGGGAAAGCCCCUGGGAAUCCUCAGGGGAUGAGGAAGAGGGGCCCUUCCUGGGACCCGGCUACAGCCCCUCCCCUCACCCGCUCCGGGCCGAGGACAUGCUCCAAGAGAUCCGGGAGGAACUGGCCAGCCAAAGGAUUGAGAGAGUCCCCGAGCCUGGGGACAGCAGACCUCGGAAGCUGACUCGGGUCCAACUGCAGAGGAUGCGGGGGCUUCACGUCAUACACCUGGACACGCCCCUGUCCACAUCAGAGGUGUGAGGGAAUACCUCCCUAAGAGUGCUGGUCACCACCUCCACCCCUGGAUUCUACCUCAAGGACACUUCCCCAGGCACCCUGCCCUUCCUGCUCUGAGGACUUUGGGGAUCAAGAGCUGUACACCGAUGUGCCACAGACACACCAGAGUCCCACAUAAAGUUGUGCAUAAAGAUGGCCGUCCAACCAGCACUAGAUGAGGGAGGGGCAAAGAGAACCUGGCGGGUGAGGAGUCAC